AAAAAAAAAAAAAAAAGUUUUGAUAAUAAAUAUUUUAUUUGAGGCAUUCGCAUUCAAAGUUUUUUUUUUUUAAAAAAAAAGAUCCUUUAUUUUUUUCUUUUGAUCCUUUAAAGAACGCAUUUAUUAUUAUCAUAAUAUAUUUACAUAUUUUUUUUUUUUUAUUGGUGCGUCGGUGGCGUUUCCAGAGAUAAUUGAAAAACUUUUUUGUGUGCCCCUUUUACUUUCUUUUCUGUUAAGACUGUGUCUUACGUUUUUUAUGUUAUCGAACAAUUGAAUUUUCUCAUUGAAUACAAACGAACUUUCCUAAAAAAAAAAAAUUAUACGUUCUUCGUAUAUUUUAAUCUUUUAUAUAUUUAGAUAUUUAGAAACGACUUGGUCGGUCCAAUGUUCUGUAUAGAUUUAUAAUAUAUAUAUAUACAUAUAUACAUAUACAUAUAAUACAUAUUUUUUAAAAAUGUUUUCAGGUAGAAAACAAUUAAAACAGUUAAAUACUACUAAUAAAAGAAAUAACUCUAUAAUAAGAAGUCCAAUAAUUUCUCCAAUACCUCCAAGUGAUAAUGUGGCAAAACUUAACACUAGUUUUGAGGAUAUAGUUCAUUCUCCUCCUCCUCCUCCUUAUGAUGCUAAGUUACAAUCAACAACAAUAAGGAAAUUUCCUUCUUCUUCUUCAACUCCUGAAUCUGAUCCUGCGACAAAAAUUACGAGAACAACAACUACAACUACCGUUACUACUGUUACAAAAACUACAAUAUCUGCAAAGAAUUCACCAGGUCAAGGUCCUCUUUAUUUAGAUUUUGGUGAUUUUAGUCUAUCUCCAAUUGAACCUAAUAAUAAUAAUAACAACAAUAAUAAUAUUAUUAAUAAUAUUAAUGGUGAUGACGCAACUCCAUCACAAAAGAUAACUGGUCCUUUAGUAACUUUUGAUAAUAAUAUAAGUGUUAAUGAUCCUUCAUCUAUUACAAUUGUAUCUUCAAAAACUUCUACUGAUCCUGUAAAAGUUCAACAAGUCGAAGAAAUUCCUCCUGCUUCAAUAAUUUCUCCUAAUCCUCCUAAUCCAACAAAUUCGACGACGAAGAUGACAAAAUCAACUACUACUACUACUACUACUAAUGAUUCACAACGUAUUUAUCCUUCAUUAAGACCAAAAUUAAAAGGUUAUCAAAAAGUUCCACAUCCUCAAAAUUCUGAUCCUAAUUCUAGAAAACAAAAUCAUUAUCUUAAACGUAUUGAAUCGGCUCCAGUUAUGCCAAAUUUAUCUGAUGUAUUUGAUGAUCCAUUAAUAUCUACAAAGUCUUUGUCUAAUUUAAAUAAUUCGGAUACAAAAAAUACUGUUACAUUGGAUAAAUCAAGUAGUGAAACUCCUAAACAAUAUCUUGAAAGAAUGCAAAAUACUUUAUCAAAAUCAAAACUUGCGACAAUGUUAGCAAAAAAAUCGGAUUCUUUUCAUAAAGCUGUUCUUAAAGAAUAUAUGAAUGCUUUUGAUUUUGAAAAAGAUCCAAUCGAUAUAGCAUUACGGAAAUUUUUAAUGGAAUGUCAUCUUCCAAAAGAAACGCAACAAAUUGAUCGUGUUAUGGAAGCUUUUGCUAAAAGAUAUCAUGAUUCUAAUCCUGAUUUAUUUUCUACUUCAGAUACUCCAUACGUUCUCGCAUUUUCAUUACUAAUGCUUCAUACUGAUGCGUUCAAUAAGAAUGUUAAACGAAAAAUGUCAAAGGAGGAUUUUGUAAAAAAUACACGCAUUGAUGGCGUACCUCCUGAAAUUUUAGAGAUUCUUUUUGAUAAUAUAACUUUUACGCAAUUCAUAUACGCUGAUGAUGACGUUGACGUAAAUGGUCAAACUAUACUUGAGUCACAAACAGAUCAUAAGCAGUCAAGGAUAUUUAAUUCUUCUAAAGAAAAGCGAAAAUCAUUACGAACGAAAAAUGACCCUUACACGGUUAUUAAUACCAAAAUUCCAACCGAAUUUAAACCAGCUAUCAGACAUUUGGUUCCAGUAGAAAAUCCUUAUUCUUACAUGGGAACUCUUCCGUCAUUGGAUAUAGUAAAUUUGCACCGGGCAUUUGCUAGUGCACAUACCAUCAAGGUUACAGGUGUUCAAACUAGGCGUAACGGUGAAACUUUUAAUCCCACAAAUACUUCAAUGCAACCUUUAGAUGAAGAGGAUGGAACAUUUAUACUUAAAAUCACUAAAGGUGGUAAAUUGGCUAGGAAAGUGGACAUGGUUGAAGGUAAAAAGAAGGGUGGACUUGUAAGAGGUUGGAAACAAUAUGGUGUAAUAUUAAGUGGAAGUCAGUUAAUGUUUUUUAAAGAUGAGGCUUGGUUUAAUUCUCAAAUGGCGGAAAUAUACGGUCCUGAGAAAUCGAAAAAGCCUCCAACAUUAAGACCCGAUGUUAUUCUGAUGACUGCGGAAUCAGUUGCUAUAUAUGAUAAGACAUACAAUAAACAUCCAUAUGUUUUUCGACUUGUGUGCCCUAAAGGUCAUCAAUAUCUUUUUCAAGCGGAAAAUGAAGAUGAAAUGAACGAUUGGAUUACAAAAAUUAACUAUGCUGCAACUUUUAAGAGUAUCGGUUUGAAAAUGAGACAUAUUAAUGUUCAAUCAAGAAAAGAAAAAAAAAGUCCACGAAAUUUCUUUUUUAAUAAUAAAAUUGGUCUUAAAGAUGAUUGUAAUCCAAAUGAUGCAAAUGGAAGAGCAAACGUAUUAAGGGCUAAACUUGAUGAGCUUCAACAUAAGAUAACGGCGUUAACAUCACAACUUCAAGCAGAUGUUCGUUUCAGGAAUAAUUUAUUCCUUAUGAUACCUUAUAAGAAUACAACACGAGACCGUAUCAUACAACUUGCCGUAUUAGUAGCCCAAAGGCUUAAACAAACUUGCCUUGAUCUUAGUCGGCUGGUUUGUUAUCAUGAAAUCUUGGAAAAAGAUUUAUGUGGCACUGUUAUGGAUGAUGGUAAUUAUUGGCAAAACAGAAAAACCAUGUAUAGGCUCGGUGAGAGCUCUAUGGAACCUGAACCAUUUGGUAAAGAUAUAUUAGAAGCAACUUUGAAAGUUAUGGAGAAAACUGAUCCUAUGGCUGAUAAUAACAAUAAUAAUAAUAACAAUAAUAAUAAAAAAGAGAAACAUUCUACCAUGACCUUAGUACCUAUGUCAUCAAAUUCAUCAUUAUCCACAAUGACCACAAGUUCAACGGUCACGGAUUCCAGUCAUACAACACCUCCGAGAUCACCAGAUAAUGAAAGAACCUUCAGCAUUUUAUCGGGAGGUGAAUUGGAAUUCAAAUCUUUUGAAGAAGAUAGUUUGUUUAAAGAAUUUAAAGAUGAUUCAUCUAGUAUUAUCAGUCUCGAAUUCGAGGAUGCUCAAGAAAAUUUUGAUGAAUUUGAUAUUGAAGCAUAUGAAGAAGAAUAUGAGAAAUUACGAGCUAGUGGUAUAUUAAAUUAUGAACAUACCGAAAUUUAUUAUGAUAAUGAUGAUGAUGACGAUGACGAUGAUGUAUUUGUAGAUGCUGAAGACUGGUAUUCAGAGUAAAAAAAAGUAGAAAAAAAGUAGUUUUAUAUAUUGUAUUUAAGAUGUAUUUAAGUUGUAUUUU